UCCCAGUCCUCCACCCAGACACAGCUCACAAGCAUUCUUGAUCAGGAAUGAGACCGCUUUGUCAAUGUCGUUGAAUCUCUCAAGGUCGUCUGGCAGCUGCGACUCUGGCCAGUUGCGCAGGACUUUGCUCAGCUCCUCGUACAGCUCAUCUCGGUUCACAAACACUUCGUCCUUCCCAGGCAGGAGAAGCACAUACACGUCCGGCGUUUCGUAAAGAAUAAAACGACCACCACGCCUUGGCCUUGCCUCACAAGCGAUGGCCGACCUUCGACGACAAGAUACCGCCGCUGCUACGUGUCGUUCACCGGUACCUAGGGGCUGCUGCCACGAUCCGGACGUCGACCGGCCGCCAAUCCUACUGUCAGCAGAUGCAGAGAAUGCCGCACACUGUGCGGCGGCGCUCUCAUCAUCUCUGGGGAACCGCGACGGCGUGCGCAAGACUGCGCCGGAUCCUUCCCCCCGAUGUUGUUGUGGCUGGCCUGCCCUUGCAUUCGUCGCGCUGGCCGCGGCCCCACAGGUUGCCACGUGGCUGGUCCUCAGUGAGGACGAAGUCGCUGCGAUGGCCGCCAUUAGCAAAAUGCGCCUGCAAUUCUGCGUGCGCAAGCCGGUCCUCGCACAAGUCGCCGUCAAAGUCACCCUCACGCUCGCCUGCCUACGAAGAGUCACCGAUAACCGCUCGCGCGCACAGACGUACACACACGCGCAGGCGCAGGCGCAGGCGCAGGCGCGCGCACAGAGAGGAGUAGGAGGAGGAGGAGGAGGAGGAGGAGGAGGAGGAGGAGGAGAGGAGAGAGACGGGAAGAUGGCAACGGACAAGCAGGCCGCGGAGACGUCCGAGGUGGACUUCCUUGCAGCUUUGGGGGUAACGACGCUGGAUACGGCUGACGUGGAGCGCCAAGUCAUCGCGCAGGCAGAGCGAGAAGCGCGGGAGCGUGAGAGAAAGGGCAAACGGCCUAUUGACGAGGACCAGGGCGAGGAGGACGACGAGGAGAACGAGGAGGAAGAAGGUGGAGAGGGAGAGGAUUCCGAGGAACGAGGUUGCGGCGAUGGCGAUUCCCUAUUGGACGAGAGAGGGGAGGAAGAGGAUAGAGGUUUUUUGGCUGAGGGCCGGGGAGAUGAUGAGAAGGAGCAGAAGACGAAGAAGAAGGUGAAUACUCUUCGACGACAACUUAACGCUGUUCAGCGAGAGAUUGCGGCUGUGGAGGAUGGGGUGAGGGCGCUCUCCCAGCCUCCAGAAGCAGAUGGACAUGGUGGGAGUGUAUGGGUGGAGUCCUCGGGUGCAGAGGAGGGAGGUUUGGGAGAAGGCGGUGAUUACCCUCGUCGGGAACAAGUGGUUAGUGAAUGGGAAAGAACAGCAUCUAUGGCAGGCAAAGGAGGAGGAGAAGGAGAUCAAGUGGAAGGCGGAGGAGGAGGAGGAGGAGGAGGAGGAGGAGGAGGAGGAUUUCCUGACACUGGAUUGGCUUCCAGAGCAAGAGAAGGUGCAAGUAAGUUGCAGCUUGCUUUAGGGAGAGAAAGGCUGCAGAGCCUGAGGAGAGCUGAGCAGCAGCUCAUGGCUAUGGUGGACGAAGUUGAUGAAGAUGAAGAAGAUGAAGAGGAGGAGGCUGCAAGGGGAGAGAUGGCAGCUGGGAAUGGGAAGAACAGCACUGAUGGGAUGAGAACAGUAUCAACAAAAUCAGUAUGGAGUCAGAAAGAAGAAGGAAUGCCUUCUGCGGACCGUCAGAUGAAGAAGAGGGCAGGAGAGGAGAAGAAGAAGAAGAAGAAGAAGAAGAAUAGACAACUAGCAGCGGUUGCGCAGGAUGAUGGGGAUCUGGACGCCAUGCUCGAUUCCGGAACUGGCAUGGUCGAAACGGAGCGGGACCGUUUGAUUCGAACUGGAGUCAUUACUCCUUUUGACAGUGUCCAGGGGUUUGAGAAGCGUAUGGAUGUUCCUGCGAAUGGGUAUCGGCAGCAAAGAACCGGGGACGUUCAGCAGGCUGGAGGAAACCAGGCUUUGGGAGAUGGGACUGUAAAUGUGGGACGAUCUCCGGUGUCUGGUGGAAGGAAUGUACGGGGAGAAGAAGAACAAGAAGAAGGGGAUUGUAGAACUGCUGAGGAUUACGACGAGGCGUUUCGCAACGAUCCGCGGGUGGAAAGCUCAGUUGCGACUGCGGUGACAGCCAUGGCGGAGGCAGAGAAAUCUCGGCGGCGGACAAUUCUUGUGGAUGGGAGGGAAUUGCCAAAGCUGGAGCCACCAACAAAAGAGUUCAGGUUGCUGAGGAGGAAAGGGGGGGGGAAGCUUGGACCUUUACAGCGGAGUAAGGAUGAGGCAGGGAUGGAGAGCGUGCGCAAGAUUCGCCGCCCCACGAUUCGCAGGAACCGGCGAAAGAAGAGGAAAAAGCGAUCUGGCAGCGCCAGUGAUGAUGAUGAUGAUGAUAACGGGAGUGACUAUGUGGUUGAGGAAUCAAGCACUGAAGGUUCAUGGUCAGAAGACGACGUGGAAGACAACCACAUGCGCAGAAAAAAGCAGAAGCAAGGGAAUAGAAAGAAGCGGAGGAGAAGAGGCUCGGCGAAUGGUGGUCGUGGCAGGAAUCGCAGCGACGAUGAUGAUGCGGAUACCGAUUCUGAUGAUGACGAGGACGACGGCGACUUCUUCAACAAAAAACUGCAAGAUGGGGAGAACAACGCCGACGACGAAGAUGUCCAACUGGACGAUGUGGUAUUGGAAGGUGGUUUACGCAUUCCCGGAAACAUUUACGGAAAACUGUUCGACUAUCAAAGAACAGGCGUGAAAUGGUUAUGGGAACUGCAUUGCCAGAGGGCGGGCGGCAUCAUCGGGGACGAGAUGGGUUUGGGGAAGACUGUUCAGUUGGCAGCUUUUCUGGGUUCACUGCAUCACAGCAAGCUGUACAGGCCCAGCAUGAUUGUGUGUCCUAUGACGCUUCUUCGGCAGUGGCGAAGAGAGGUCAAGAAAUGGUAUCCGCAUUUGAGGGUGGCGAUUCUCCAUGAAUCGGCCCUCUCUCCGGCGAAGAAAGCGAGACUUGUCGAUCUUGAUGAAGACAUGGGGAGAGAGGAGGGUGACAUGGAAGCUGAGGGUGGAGGUCGAGGAAGGGGCCAAAAGGGAAGCUACUUGCGCAAGUACUGGGAGGAAAUGAUCUUCAAGUUGCUGGAUUGCCCCGAGGGCCUGCUGAUCACUACCUAUGAGCAAUUGCGGUUGCUUAAGGAUAUACUUCUGGAGCAUCCCUGGGGUUAUGUGAUUCUGGAUGAGGGCCAUCGCAUUCGCAAUCCAGAUGCCGCAAUAACGCUCGCUUGCAAGCAAGUGCGGACCGUGCACAGAAUCAUAAUGUCAGGUGCUCCUAUCCAGAACAAGCUGACGGAGCUUUGGUCCUUGUUUGACUUUGUUUUUCCUGUUGUUCUUCGAGAUUUGAUCAUGCCCUACCUUCUCAGGAGGAUGAAGUCCGACGUUCAGGCUCAGCUUCCCAAAAAGACAGAGCAUGUACUAUUCUGCAGCCUCACAGAUGAGCAGCGGUCUGUUUAUCGGGCCUUUCUGGCUAGCAAAGAGGUGGAGGAUAUUGUGAAUGGGAACAGGAACUCUCUGUAUGGAAUUGACAUCAUGAGGAAGAUCUGCAAUCAUCCUGACCUGCUGGAACGUGAAGUGAGUUCAUCAAAUCCAGACUAUGGCAAUCCUGAAAGAUCAGGCAAACUCAAGGUGAUGACUCAAGUGUUGGCUCUCUGGAAAAAGCAAGGGCAUCGUGCUCUGCUGUUCACGCAAACGCAGCAAAUGCUCGACAUCGUGGAGUUGUUUGUGAUUGCGAACGGAUACAGAUAUCUUCGGAUGGAUGGCAAGACCAAUCCGUCACAGCGAAUGGUGUACAUUGAUGAAUUCAAUGAGUCGGAGGAAAUCUUUGUGUUUAUUCUCACCACUAAGGUUGGCGGCUUGGGGACGAAUCUGGUGGGCGCUAACAGGGUGAUCAUCUUUGAUCCAGACUGGAAUCCGACCACGGAUUUGCAGGCCAGGGAGCGGGCAUGGCGAAUAGGCCAGAAGAAGGAUGUGAUCGUGUAUAGGCUGAUCACACGGGGAACGAUUGAGGAGAAGGUGUACCAUAGGCAAAUCUACAAGCACUUCUUGACGAACAAGAUUCUCAAAGACCCCCGCCAGCGACGAUUCUUUAAGGCCAAGGAUUUGCAAGAUCUCUUCACAUUUACGGAAGACCAGCAGGGCACAGAGACAGGGGCGAUUUUUCCUGAAGCGGGAUCGAAUGCCGUCGCGUUGCGGAGUGAAAAUGAUCAGUCUGAUCAGAUCAACUCGUUCUCUGCCGUACGAUCGGGAGGUGCAAGAAACCACUCAGGAGAAAAGUGCAACAAGAGUAAAGGAGCUAAGAAAAGCAAAAAGAAGAAGGACGAGGAAGACGAUGACGCAAGCGAAGAGCUAGGAGGGAUGGUUGGGAAGGAGGCCGCAGGCGUUUCUGGAAGGAAUCGUUGUCAGGACACGGAUGACGAGGUUCAGGUGGUCCCCACUGGAACUGGAAAUGGCAGUCAAGAGGAAAAGGGAGCAGAAGAGGAAGAGGACUCACACAUUCUCGAAAGCCUCUUCAAUGCAAAUGGAAUACAUUCGGCGAUGGACCACGAUGCCAUCCUUGGGGCGAACGAACCAGAUCGGAUAAUCAUCGACCAUGAGGCAACAAGGGUCGCUCAGCGAGCAGCAGAGGAGCUGCGCGCAUCACGUCAGCAACGGAUCAGAGAGCAAGUGUAUGUGCCAACCUGGACAGGAAGGUCCGGUACUGCGGGUGCUCCACAGUCCGCCCGGGGAAGGUUCGGGUCCACGGUCAACUCCCGUCUCGUGGGCUCGUCGGCAGGAACGAGUUCUGUGACCAACAUAAGCAGCGGUGUGAAGGGCGCGUCAGCAGGAGUGAGUUCAAGUGGGUCUGCGCCGUCUCAGCCGGGAUCACAGGCCGCCGAAAGCGUGGGCAGUAGAGGGUCGUCCUUCCGGGGAGGCUUAGGAAGCUCGGCAACGUCUUCUGGAAGCUCCUUGACUGCUGAAAGUGGCAUUGCGGGCAGGACCGGGGGAGCGGCCAUGACGUCAGGCGAGCUGCUUGCACGGAUGCGACAGAGGCGUCAGGCUGCGGCAGUGGAGGCUCAAUCUGCUGUGGGACCAGGGGCCAGACGGUUGGCAAGCAUUGCUCAGGGGGACGGAGGUGGUGCAAGCUGGGGACCCAGCGCCCUGAGGGAAACGCAGCCGGAAAGUCUAGCUCGACGAAUGUGCUCCUUUCUACAGGAAAACAAUGGAAGAGUGAGUUCUUCGAGGAUCAUUGAGAAGUUUAGGGAGGAAAUUCGACCAGAAGAUGCGCCUCUCUUCAAGCAGUUGCUGAAGCAGAUUGCAACACUUGAGCGUACAGACGGGAAUGCCACCUGGGUAUUGAAACCUGACCUGAGAUGAGAGCUGUUUCUUGUCGCUGCAGCUUCAUCUAUUAACCAUAGCAGGGAUGCGGAGUGUCGGUGUAACUUGCAUACGUUCGG